AUGGCGACCAAAGACCCGAAGCAGGAGGGGGGAGGGGGAGAGACGGAGAGGUGCCCGGUAGAGGAAGUGGCGCUCGUGGUGCCUGAGACGGACGACCCGACGAUGCCAGUGAUGACAUUUCGAACGUGGUUUCUCGGGCUGUUGUCCUGCGUCGUCCUGAUCUUCCUCAACACCUUCUUCACCUACCGGACCCAGCCGCUCACCAUCUCAGCGGUGCUCAUGCAGAUCGCCGUGCUGCCCGCCGGGCGGUUCAUGGCGGCGGCGCUACCCAGCAGGGAGGUGAGGGUGUUCCCAGGGUGGAGCUUCAGCCUGAACCCGGGGCCGUUCAACAUGAAGGAGCACGUGGUCAUCACCAUCUUCGCCAACUGCGGCGUGUCCUACGGCGGGGGCGAUGCCUACUCCAUCGGUGCCAUCACCGUGAUGAAGGCGUACUACAAGCAGAGCCUGAGCUUCAUCUGCGCUCUCCUCAUCGUCCUGACCACACAGGUGAAUUGUGGUCUUCACUUCCUCCGAAUGAUUACUGCUCCAUGAUUUUGAAAAUGAGCUCUAUUCUUCAUAUUAUCUUUCAAACUGCAUUUUUCUAUCAACAAAGUACACUGUCCUACGAACUACGGGAAUCAAAACGAGCACUGUAAAGGUAAACUAUUGAUUGAUUUUAUUUGUCUUUUUCCCCAUUUCUAUCGGUUUCAGAGGAAUUUGCAACUCCCGAAUGGGAGCGGACCAGAGCGAUCACCAAUAUUGAUAUGCUUGCGAGGUGACAAUCUAAAUUGUGCUCAUCGUGUUACUAAUGAUCUUGGCUACAUACGUGCAGCUGGUGGGUUACGGAUGGGCUGGAAUGCUGAGAAAGUAUCUGGUUCAGCCGGUUGAAAUGUGGUGGCCUGCCAACCUUGCUCAAGUAUCUCUCUUCAGGUUCACCUCUCGCUCCCAGUUCCUCAGCACAUCUCUUGGCAGUAUUCUUCGACCUAAAAUUAAUAAGAGAAGGAGAUAGCCGCGAAUACCCGCCAUCAAUCAUGGGCAUAACGAUGAUUGCCAAAUGUUUCAGAGCACUCCAUGAAAAGGACUCAAGGUCGGAAGGAUUGACGCGGAUGCAGUUCUUCCUCAUAUUCAUGCUCGCUAGCUUCGCCUACUACGCGCUGCCGGGAUACCUCCUCCCCAUUCUGACUUUCUUCUCGUGGGUCUGCUGGGCGUGGCCGCGAAGCAUCACCGCCCAGCAGAUCGGAUCUGGGUACCACGGCCUGGGCGUAGGAGCCUUCACCCUGGACUGGGCGGGGAUCUCCGCUUACCACGGCAGCCCCUUGGUGGCACCGUGGUUCUCCAUCGUUAACAUCGCAGCUGGGUUCGUCAUGUUCAUAUACCUGGUAGUACCCCUGUGUUACUGGAAGUACAACGCCUUCGACGCGAGGAAGUUCCCUAUAUUCUCCAACCAGCUCUUCACCUCCUCCGGGCACAAAUACGACACCACCAAGAUCCUGACGCCGCAGUUUGAUCUCAACGAGGCCGCUUACAACAACUACAGCAAGCUCUACCUCAGUCCCCUGUUCGCUCUCUCCAUAGGGUCUGGUUUCGCGAGGUUCACCGCCACCCUCACUCACGUGGCUCUCUUCCAUGGCAGGUCAGUCGAUGUUACGGUAGACCUCGAUCGAUCAAAAGGAAUAGGAAGGCCAAAACACUGAUGAGAUCCUACGGUGCAGUGAUAUAUGGAAUCAGAGCAAAGCAGCGGCGAAAUCCCUGAAGCUGGACGUACACGCGAGGCUGAUGAAGAACUACAAGGAGGUUCCCGAAUGGUGGUACCUCGUUCUCCUCCUGGGGAGCAUCACCCUCUCCUUGAUGAUGUCGUUCGUCUGGAAGGAGCAGGUGCAGCUGCCAUGGUGGGGGAUGCUCUUCGCGUUCGCGUUGGCGUGGCUUGUCACCCUCCCCAUCGGGGUCAUCCAAGCCACCACGAACCAGGUACCUCUUCCCCUUCGUCGUCGCCAAUUCGUCCUCCUAAAACCCUAAAGGGAGAGGAGGUAUAUAACUUGGCUUCCUUCUGAACAGCAACCCGGGUACGACAUCAUAGCGCAGUUCAUUAUCGGCUACGUCCUCCCGGGGAAACCCAUCGCCAACUUACUCUUCAAAAUCUACGGACGAAUCAGCACUGUCCACGCCCUCUCCUUCCUGUCUGAUCUCAAACUCGGCCAUUACAUGAAGAUCCCUCCCCGAUGCAUGUACACCGCUCAGGCAAGUCUCCCUUGACCUCGCAGAGUCUCCGCUAAUAUCUCUCCGUCGCUGAACAUAUGCGAGAGCCAUGCAGCUGGUCGGGACUCUGGUCGCCGGAGUCGUAAACCUCGCUGUGGCCUGGUGGAUGCUGGAGAGCGUCGAGAACAUAUGCGACGUCGAGGCGCUUCACCCGGACAGCCCCUGGACCUGCCCCAAGUACAGGGUUACCUUCGACGCCUCCGUCAUAUGGGGCCUCAUCGGCCCCGCUCGCCUCUUCGGCCAUGGCGGGCUCUACAGGAACUUGGUGUGGCUGUUCCUCGUCGGCGCGCUGCUUCCCGUGCCGGUCUGGGCCCUGAGCUGGCGCUUCCCGGAGAAGAAGUGGAUCCGCCUCAUCAACAUCCCCGUCAUCUCCUACGGCUUCGCCGGAAUGCCGCCGGCCACGCCCACCAACAUAGCGAGCUGGCUCCUCACCGGCACCGUCUUCAACUUCUUCGUCUUUCGCUACCACAAGCGGUGGUGGCAGCGGUACAACUACGUCCUCUCGGCGGCGUUGGACGCCGGCACGGCCUUCAUGGGCGUGCUCAUCUUCUUCGCGAUGCAGAACGAGGGCCGCAACCUCAGGUGGUGGGGGACCCAGCUUGAUCACUGCCCUCUGGCUUCCUGCCCCACCGCCCCGGGGAUUACCGUCGCAGGGUGCCCCGUCUUUUAG